UUGCCGACAGUCAGUCAUAUGGUCAGACGGUAACGUGUGUGACUAAAAGCCCGCUGGCACCGUUUACCCGAUCCGUUCCCCGGUUAGAGGAGCAGCUAGCGGGUUAGCUAGCGGUCAGAGCGGGAGUGUUAGCUGCUAACAGCUAACAGAAGAUGGAGGAGUUUCUGUCGAGCUGCCGCCACGCUGCGCAGGCGAACACAGACCAGCCUGGACCACAGUUCCAUGUUGUUCUGGGGAACGAGUCCUGUGAUGUGGACUCCAUGGUGUCCGCGCUGGCCUUCGCCUACUUCCUGUCCAAGACUGAGCUCAGUGAUGUGCUCGCUCUCCCUCUGUUGAACAUCCAUCAGUCCGACCUGCUGCUGCGCUCAGACAACCUGUUCCUGCUGCGACAGACCGGUCUGUCUCCAGAGCUCCUGCUCUUCAGAGACCAGCUGGACCUGCGAGCCCUGCAGAGAGCCGGCCGCCUGCGGCUGACGCUGGUCGACCACAACGUCCUGGCCAGUGCAGACAGUGACCUGGAGGGGGCGGUGGUGGAGGUGAUCGACCAUCACCUGUUGGAGAGAGAGCCCUCUCCCUCCUGUCCUGUUACCGUGGAGACAGUGGGAUCCUGCGCCACCUUGGUAACAGAGCGCAUCGUCCAGAAAGCUCCGCAGAUCCUGGACCAGCAGCUCGCUCAGCUGCUCUACGCGGCGGUGGUGUUGGACUGUGUGAACAUGGCUCCUGCAGCAGGGAAGGUGACUCCUAAAGACAGUCAGUACGCUGCUGCGCUGGAGACUCGUUUCCCCGCUCUGCCACCGAGGGGCGCUCUCUUCCAGGCGCUGCAGAACGCCAAGUUUGACGUGUCAGGUCUGAACACUGAACAGAUGUUGUUGAAGGACAUGAAAGCUGUUUCAGGAAGUUUGAACCUCGCCGUCUCUGUUCUCUACAUCACACUAGAGGAGUUCCUGCAGAGGGCGCAGUUGGAGGCGGAGCUCUCAGGUUUCUGUCAGAAGUUUGGAUAUGAUUUGCUGCUGAUGAUGACCAUCUCUUUCACUGAGAGCAAAGAGCCAAUCAGAGAGCUCGCUGUGUUCAGCCACAGCUCCACCUGCAGGGAACAGGUGAGCCAGUACCUGGAGCAGGCCCGUAACCCCGCCCUUAACCUCUGUCCAAUCAGCAGCCCCCAUCCUCAUGUCACAGCCUAUCAGCAAGGAAACGUGUUGGCGUCUCGCAAGAAGGUCCUCCCCAUUGUUAAAGAUUUCCUGAAGGAGCAGGAAGGAGACGGUCGCCUGGGAGACGUGGAGGAAGAGGAGGAGUCUGGGGUCCCUCCGACCCCGAUGAACAGUCUGGUGGAGGGCUGUCCUCUGGACGAAGGUCUGCCUCACAUCAGCGCCCAGGACCUGGUGGAGAAGGUCAGCAAGAUGGCUGACAGAGGAGGGAACUGACCUCUGACCUCUUACCUGUCACCUGUGAGGAGUCAUCAGAUCUGAGGAUGAUGAAGGUCCCACAGAGACACAGAGAGGACAGAAGAAGAGUGAGUGAGUUUGUCUCUGAGACACAGAAAGUUUGUUUUUCAAUCACAAGUUGAUUUAUGUUUCGAACAUGGACGACGUCAACAGAACCAACAGAACCCACAGAACCCGUCUGAGGUUUGUGUCCAUGUGUCUGUUUUAGAAUGACGUCACUUGUUGCUGUGGAAUAUAAAGAGUUAAACAUGUUGUUCCUGUUUCCUGAUCAAAUACAGAAAAACAUGUUUCAGAAUAAAAGUGUUUGAUUUUACAGACGUUAAAUCCUGGAAAAUAAAAACAAUUAAAAACCUUG